UAGCAUAUGCUCAAUGCUUAAUCUAAUGUUGUUACUCUUGUCAGAAUUAUGUCAUACGGUUGCUACUUAUCCGACCGUAAUGGGUGUAUUGCUUCGGUCAGUGGAACGGAGGUAAUAACUCGCAUUUCUACCCAUGUUCAAAAGUUUUUAUCUUACUUUUCAUUCCUUCUCUUCAUGGCGCUCUCUCUUCUUCUUCGUCUUGCCCUCCAUUUUCUUCUGUUUCGUCCCGCGCUCUNUUUCUACUGUUCACCACAGCCAUGCCAGAAUCCAUUGAUUCCGUUUCAUUCGACAUGGAGAAGAUCUACCUCGGUGGAAAGGUCCCACCCAUUUAAUCUCUUCUCUUAUUUAUGUUUUCAAGUUUUAAUCUUUUUUGCUUUCUUUCCGAAGGGUGGAUCCCCUCCAUUUUCUUCUGCUUCGUCCCGCACACUCUUUCUACUGUUCACCACAGCCAUGCCAGAAUCCAUUGAUUCCGUUUCAUUCGACAUGGAGAAGAUCUACCUNGGUGGAAAGAGGCAGCUUCUUUACUACUUCACAACUUCUGCAUAUAUCAUAUCAGUCCUCCCGGACAUGAGAAUUCGGAUUCUGUUGGACAACUCAAAAUGGGCAUAUANGAGAGGCUUCACAGAAGCAAAACAGAAAAUCAGAAGGAGGAAAACUGCCUCAUGGUUAAGAGAGUCUGUAUUGCAGCUUGGUCCAACUUUCAUUAAACUUGGUCAGUUGUCAUCAACUAGGUCAGAUCUAUUUCCACGUGAAUUUGUGGAUGAGCUCGCAAAAUUGCAGGACAUGGUUCCUGCCUGCUCUCCUAAGAAAGCAAGAAAAUUUAUUGAGAGCGAACUAGGAGCUCCCAUUGACAUGUUAUUUAAAGAGUUUGAAGAUAGACCGAUUGCUGCUGCUAGGCUCGGUCAGAUCAAAUCUUAUACCCGAGAGAGACUGCUUGAACUUUUCUAUGCUAUGUAUGAAAAGGAUGCCAAAAAGACAAGAAAGGUUGCAGCAGAGGAGGUUCUUUCUGCACCGUCUAUCAUUGAGAAAGCAGAAGUUGAUCCUUCUGGUUUUAUUGAAAUCCUUGGUGGCAAUAAAUCUCCUGGGAGGACCUGGAUGCUGAUUUUUACUGCUGAGUCAAACCUUACGUAUCAAGUUGUUUCCAUUGUAUCUGGUGCUUUGAAUGUUGUUGCAACAAACAAUAUGAUCUAGAAGCAUGGUUUCCAGCCUCUCAAGCUUACAUUGAUUAUGGCAAGUGUCCAAUUACUGGUGAACCACUUACUAUGGAUGACAUUGUACCAAUCAAGACACGGAAGAUAGUGAAGCCCAGACCUGUCCAGGCAGCUAGCAUCCCUGGCAUGCUUGGAAUGUUCCAAAAUGAAUGGGAUGGGUUGAUGCUAUCUAAUUUUGCAUUGGAGCAACAAUUGCACACGGCGAAGCAAGAGCUGAGUCAUGCUCUCUACCAGACUUAAAAAGGAAUGAGAUGAAGCUAGGUCCUUACUUGCGCAAGCAGAAAGGCAACAUCUGCACGUGCAGGAGAGAUUUUGCCAUUACAUGUUGCCAAAACUAACAAGGCUUUCGUAUGUCAUCCACAUUUGCCUGGAGGAAGGAAGGAACAUAAGAGUCUACUUUUUGCAAUGUUACGGAGAAAAAAGGGACAUUAUGAUGAAUAGUAUAGAAUCAAUUCUCCAAGUUGUAGGAUAAGCUGCACUUAUUCAAUUUGCAAGCAAGAAGCUUUUAUUUGCUGAGUCUCGCUUCUCUCCCCCGUACUUCGAGGAUAGUCCUCCCUCUGCUGCUUCUGAGACGGUCUACGCUGCCUCUUCGUCAAAAUCUCCAAAGCGCGACCAAAUUCGUGGAGAUUGUGUUUGGAUUGGCGGGGAAAUUAUUGUUCGUCGGGGUGAAUUCGAGAAGUUGUUGUUCGUAAGAAGCGAUCGCGGAAGAAGGUGGUAUUGCUACACUUGUGGAGGCGAUCGAAGAUGGGUCGGUGAGGGGAAGGAGUUCGCUAUUCUGACUCUUGUUCAGCUCUGUGCUCACAGAGGCUUGCUUGUGGAUUCCUCCUCUCGUUGCUCUUUCUCAAAACGACUCUGUUGGAGCUAAGCACAAGGUACAGUUGUGAAAAGCAAACGAGGGAAGGUGUUGGCUGAUCUAGCACAACCUGGCGAUGAAGUUCUUGUUGCCAGGGGAGGACAAGGNNGGGUAAUACACAUUCAAAAUUCUAUUAAAAUCUGUUAAUGUUGUGAUUGAGUCAUGAAUAAUUUAAUUCAUUAAAGACUAACAAAUUGUUUAGUGGAUAAGUUGUAUUUUUUCAGAAUGAUGAUAAAAUGAAUAAUUAGACCGUCAGAAUUCAUAUAUGCAUAUAGAUCAUUAUUUUGAUUGAUCUAAGAGUAAAAAAAAAGCUUGUGAGUGAAAUGAAGUUUGAAUAUACUAUAUUGAGUGCAACUUACUUAUAAGGUUAUGAGUAUUAGGUAUAGGACAGAGAUAUCAGUCUCCAUGUAGGACAGGUUUACCUUCUAUAGGUCUAUACAUUGACCUUGACGGGAAUAUAACACCUUUAGAAUUUA